GGGCGAUAGAGGGCUCCUGCGGAAGGGAAGGGAAAGGAAGGGACGAAGGGGAGGAGGGAGGCGGACGGGGACGGACCAGGGACGAGCGGCGCGGGGCCUGGGCUGCCGCAGAAGGAAUACACAAAAACAGCAUUCCUGAAAGAUGUCCAGCCAACCAGAGAAAGACUUCCAGACAUGGAGAAUCUGCCACACUCCUAAAUACCCUAUUCCACUGGGGGAAAAAAGUGCUUCCUAAUGUUUAGGUGGAAUCUCAUUUCUGCAGCAGCAUUCAAGCCAAUGUCUGCAAUGGGUAUGCUAUGACGUGUUGCAGGCUGUCUCUUGGUACUUUUAGAAAUCUUAAUGUCUGGUUCGGACUCUUGGAGAAGACUCCUUACGGACCCUGCACACCAUGGAAGAGGUUUCUUUGUUCUACAAGCCAACAGCCAAUAACAGCAUUCACCCCUAAUCACGUUUGCAUUUCUCCUAUUAAAUGCCGUGUAUUUUUAAUACCCCUGUCCAAAAAUAUGCCGAGGAUUUCUGUACGGCUCAAAAGCAACAAAAGUUCUCGGAAGAACAUGAAACAAACUGUGUCAGAAGAUACUGAGGAGGAGGAUGAAGAAGAGGAGAAAAGUGAUUCAGAAGAUGAAUUUGAAGAUGAUUCUGCUAUAGUGAAAGAUUACAAAGAUCUUGAAAAAGUAGUACAGUCUUUUCGGUUUGAUGUGAUCAUGAAAUCUGGGCUAGAUAUUGCAAGAAACAAAGUGGAAGAUGCCUUCUACAAUGGUGAACUCAGGCUGAAUGGAGAGAAACUAUGGAAGAAAAGUAGAUCGGUAAAAGUUGGUGACACACUGGAUCUCAUAAUUGGAGAAGAUAAAGAAACAGAAACUGCUGUAGUAAUGAGAGUUGUGUUAAGGAAAGCUUCAGAGAAGGAUGAUGGUGAUAAAUACAGAGUGGUGUUGAGGCGCUGGAGAAACUUAAAGGUGCCCAAGCAGGAUGUAUUUAAAUGAACUGUGAUUUGCAUGUGGUGGUAGUUUCCCUAUGAGCAACCUAUUUGUUAAUACAAUAUAUGGAUUUUGGUUACACAAAAUUCUUGCACUUUUUCUUUUAAUUAUUUAAAGGGUAUGUGAUGGCAUGCCACCUUCCUUACCAUAAGCAUCACUUUUGUCUCUGACAGUUUGCUGCUUUUUGUUUCAUUUGGAAAGGGAGAGCAAAAUUUCUGCAGGAAACAUAAGGAAUAAAAGGGAAGGCUGAUCUUACAUUGUCUCUGCUUUUAUUUAAACAGUGUGACUGAGAUGUAAAAAAUCUCCUUUUUGGAGAGAAGAAAACUGGACUUUGCUUCACUCUGUGUCUUGUGAAACUAGUAGGCAAAUCAUUGCAUGAAGUUGAUCCCUGAAAGAGAAAAUACCCUGGUAGGCACGUACUGCACAAUUCCCUUUCUAGCAAAUCACUGAGUUAGAAGCCUAAGUGGUGGCAUCUUGAUUUCCUUUUACAUCUUGUGCCUGUGUGAAAUAUGGAUCCAUCUGCUGGCUCCUGAGAUUUUGCUAUCAAAGUAAAAUUCUAUAAAAGUGUUGAAAUCAGGAUCACUGUUAGAAUUGAGUAAUUUGUCUCAGAAAUUCCAACAUGUAAACUUUGGGUCAGAAGGUGUGUUAGAAAGUUAGUCAUGUACAUACCACUUGAAAGCCUUGUAUUUGUUUCAGUAAGAACAUAAGGGGUGUGGAAUACACAACUUGCUCUGUUCAUUUCACUGGGAGAAGCUCUGCAGACACAUCUGUUGUCCUUGGUGGAGAUGGGCAAAAUGUUGUCCUCCAAAUAAGACAGCAGCUCUUGGCAUUCCACACUAUUGGGUAUGCUGAUUAGCACUGAUGGGAGUGGCAGGCCAACAUCUGGAAGGCUGUACUUUACUCACCUCACCUUAUGCAGAUGUAGUCAUUACAGCACUUCCAGUUCGCAUUAGAACACACAAUACUCUGGAGCAAAGCAUAUAUGCCUACAUAUUUUAACAUGCACUAGUUUUGUGCAACAUUUUUACUGUUUGGCAGUUUAGGAUUAUAGUCAACACAGCGUGAAACUCAAGUAAUGUAACAGAACUUUACCUUUCUCCCUUUCCUUCUGAAGUCCCUAUGCCCCACUCCCAAAUUCCACGUGGACUAGAUUUCAGGGAGCACUUUUCAGGGGCAGCAGAAACAUCCCUGUUUUCCUGGUUCUGCUGCAACCAGAAUCCUUGUUUCAGUUUAAGAGAGACUAGUUGGCCCUCAUCCUUAUUGUGCCCCAUGUUUUAAUGUAGACAAGCAGCUUAAGAAGAUACCUGUACACUUCCAUAGACAGUGUGAGCUAGCAAUCAGUUGAGGAACUGCUGAACAGUAAAGGGCAAACGAAGUAAAAAGAUAAUGGUCUUCUUAUCGCCUAAGGUUAUAUGAUAUAGGAAAGCAAAAUAAAGGUUUCCAAUAUGGAGGUAAGUAUAGUAUAUCACCCUGGAAAUAAAUCCCUUUAGUUAAUAUGAGUACGAUUUUUGUCAGUCCAAAAUUGUGGCUCUUUUCUUAUAACAUUUGUUGCCAUAUAAAAAAAUUAAAUCGCAGUGUGAAUAAA